AUGUUGCUGCACCACACCUUGGGAAAUGGCGACUUCAAUGUGUUUGCGAAGAUGAGUGCAGGCAUCUCCUGUACCCUCGGUCGCUUGAACGAGACACUGGAGGCUGCAACACUAAUCGACAAUGCCAUCCGUGAAUGCUGGAUCCGCAGUCGACCUGUCUACAUCAGUCUCCCCACCGACAUGAUUACCAAGCAGAUCGAAGGUGACCGCCUCGACAAACCGCUGGAUCUUUCUCUACCAACAAAUGACCCUGAGAAGGAAGAUUAUGUGGUGGACGUUGUCCUGAAGUACUUGCACGCUGCGAAGAAACCCGUUAUUUUGGUGGAUGCUUGUGCCAUCCGUCAUCGGGUCCUUGAUGAAGUUCAUGACUUGAUGGAGGCUUCCGGCCUGCCUACUUUCGUGGCUCCGAUGGGCAAGGGAGCAGUGGAUGAGACUCGUCCGAACUACGGCGGUGUGUAUGCUGGCACUGGAUCGAAUGCGGGUGUUCGUGAGCAGGUCGAGUCUUCCGAUCUUAUUCUGAGCAUCGGUGCUAUCAAGUCAGACUUCAACACCAGCGGAUUUUCGUACCACAUCGGACAGCUCAACACCAUUGAUUUCCACAGUACUUAUGUGCGCGUGCGAUACUCUGAAUACCCAGAGAUCAACAUGAAGGGAGUUUUGCGCAAAGUCAUCCAGAGGAUGGGUGCUGUCAACGCCGCGCCAGUCCCGCAUCUCUCCAACACGCUUCCUGAGAGCGAGAAAACUUCGAGCAACCAGGAGAUCACGCACGACUGGCUUUGGCCCAAUGUUGGUCAGUGGCUGAAGGAGAAUGACAUUGUCAUUACCGAGACGGGUACUGCCAACUUUGGCAUUUGGGAAACCCGAUUCCCGGCAAAUGUCACGGCCAUUAGCCAGGUUCUGUGGGGUAGCAUUGGCUACUCGGUUGGGGCAUGUCAGGGUGCUGCGCUGGCGGCGAAGGAAUUGGGCAAUCGUCGGACUGUUCUGUUCGUUGGUGACGGAAGUCUUCAGCUCACCGUGCAGGAACUGAGCACCAUGAUCCGAAACAAUCUCAACCCCAUUAUCUUCGUCAUUUGCAAUAACGGAUACACCAUUGAGCGGUACAUCCACGGAUGGGACGAAAGCUACAAUGACAUCCAGCCGUGGGAUAUUGAGGGUCUGCCCCGGGCCUUUGGAGCCAAGGACAAGUACACGGGCUACAAAGUAAAGACGCGGGAUGAACUGAGGCAGCUAUUUGCAAACCAGGAGUUUGCUUCUGCGCCACACUUGCAAGUAAGUAAUACAUUGCCCUAG